UGUGUCAGUGGAGGGCUGGCUCUCAGCUUUUAAAGUGCGGAGCUCCAGUCUGGACCUUCCCUCGCCGCGUCCCCACCUUCCCCGGUAGUUCGGCGGCUCCGCGCUGCCUCCAGACCCCGUCACCUCCCCCACUGACCCGGACACACAGGCAGCAGUCCCCCUCUCCUCUCCGCCGCGGUGCGCCUCGGACGCGCUCCUCUCACUUCGGGAUGGACUCGUCUCCUUGUGUUCACCUCUCGCUCCGCCUGUGACGCCGCUGUAGUUUCGCUUGGAGGUGGGAGUUCGCGUGGAAGGAGCAGAUCCACAGAUUAUUUCCUUGUUUGUGUUUUGAUCGGACCUUCGCUGCACUCUCACCCCCCGGGCUGCAGCUCCGAGAUGGGAAUGUAUCUGCAUCUGCUGCUGUUGCAGUAUUAUCUCCUGACGAGUUUCGUGUGCAACGCCGUCGCCUUCGUGGAGGAGCCCUCCGGAGGCAGGUCGGACGGGUACUGCGGGCGGAUCCUCCGGGCGCAGACCCAGGGGACCCGGCGGGAUGGACACCACGAGUUCAGGCUCCGGGUGGAGCGGGACCCGGAGACCUACCAGCCGGGCACCACCUACAGAGUCGUCCUCCUGGCAGCCAGCCCUAAUUAUUUCCGAGGUUUCACCCUCAUCGCCCUGAAGGAGGGCCGAGAGGGAACCACGGACGACGACUACACCGGGCAGUUCCAGAUCAUCGACGAGGACGACACACAGUUCAUGACCAACUGCCCCCCCGCGGUGACGGAGAGCACACCUCGCAGACGCACCAGGAUACAGGUGUUCUGGACAGCGCCCCCUACUGGGACCGGCUGCGUUAUACUAAAGGCCAGUAUCGUCCAGAAGAGAAUCAUCUAUUUCCAGGAAGAGGGCUCGCUCACCAUUCGGCUUUGUGAGAAAGAGCGCCUGUUUGGUGAAGCCACAGAAGCUCCGGCCAUGGAGUGCUGCGCCUGCGGAACAGCCAAGUACAGACUCACCUUCUUUGGCAACUGGUCGGAGAAAGUGCAUCCAAAAGACUACCCGAGACGAGCCAACCACUGGUCGGCUCUGAUUGGCGCGUCCCACUCCAGAAGCUACGUGCUGUGGGAGUACGGAGGCUACGCCAGCGAGGGCGUUCGGCAGGUGGCUGAGCUCGGAUCCCCCAUCAAGAUGGAAGAGGAGAUUCGACAAAAGGGAGAUGAAGUACUGACUGUCAUUAAGACUAAGGCUCAGUGGCCGGCGUGGCAGCCGCUCAACCUGCGAGCAGCUCCGUCGGCAGAGUUUUCCGUGGACCGCUCCCGUCACCUGAUGUCCUUCCUCACCAUGCUGGGGCCGAGUCCGGACUGGAACGUGGGGCUGUCGGGGGAGGACCUCUGCACCAAGGAGUGUGGCUGGGUGCAGAGGCUGGAGACGGACUUCAUCCCCUGGGACGCCGGCACUGACGGUGGAGUCACGUACGAGUCGCCAAACAAGCCCACGAUCCCCCAGCACAAGAUCCGACCACUGACCAGCUUGGACCAUCCUCAGAGCCCGUUCUAUGACCCCGAGGGGGGGGCGAUCACCCCUGUAGCCAAGCUGGUGGUGGAACGCAUCGCUAGGAAGGGGGAACAGUGUAACGUGGUCCCAGACACCAUCGAUGACAUAGUGGCUGAUAUUGGACAGGAGGAGAAGGAGGAAGACGACACACCGGAGACGUGCAUCUACUCGGGCUGGUCUCCGUGGUCGGCGUGCAGCAGCGCCACGUGUGAAAAAGGCCGCAGGAUGAGGCAGAGGAUGCUGAAGGCUCAGCUGGACCUCAGUGUGCCGUGUCCUCACACUCAGGAUUUCCAGCCGUGCAUGGGCCCGGGCUGCAGUCUGGAGGAACCGUCCACGUGCAUGAUGUCGGAGUGGAUCAGCUGGUCGUCCUGCAGCGUGUCCUGUGGGAUGGGGAUGAGGUCCAGAGAGCGAUACGUCAAACAGUACCCCGAGGACGGCUCGCUGUGCCAGCUCCACACCGAGGAGACGGACAAGUGUGUGGUCAACGAUGAAUGCUCUCCCAGCAGCUGCGUGGUGACCGAGUGGGGGGAGUGGGACCCCUGCAGCAUCACCUGUGGGAUCGGCAUGAGAAGACGUGAGCGCAUGGUGAAGAUGCCUCCGAUAGACGGAUCCAUGUGUAAAACCGAGGUGGCUGAGGUGGAGAAGUGCAUGAUGCCAGAGUGCCACACCAUCCCGUGCAUGAUGUCCCCCUGGUCGGACUGGAGCGGCUGCAGUGUGACGUGUGGCCUUGGCGUGCGAACCCGUCAGAGGAUGCUGAAGUCUGAUCCCGCAGAGUGCACGGAGGAGCUGGAGCAGACGGAGAAGUGCAUGUUGCCCGAGUGUCCCCAGGACUGCAUGGUCUCAGACUGGUCCGAGUGGUCCGAGUGCAACAAGUCCUGCGGUAAAGGUCACACCAUCCGAACCCGCAUGGUCAAACUGGAGCCGCAGUUCGGAGGCAGCGCCUGUCCCGAGAGCAUCCAGAGGAAGAAAUGCAAGAUCAGGAAGUGCCGGACAAAAACGAAGGAGGAGAGGAGGAGGAGGAGGUGGAGGAGGAGGAGGAGGGGAGGAGGAAAGAGGAGGAGACGGGGGAAACAGGGUAGAGAAGCAGCACUGGAGGAACAGCCAGGUUGCAGGAUGCAGCCGUGGACCAGCUGGUCGGACUGUUCCAAACCGUGCGGCGGGGGGAUCCAGGAGCAUCUCAUGAUGGCGAAGAAAAGAACAAAGGGCGCUCUGGUGUCCAGCUGUAAGGACCGGAAGGAGAUCCGUGCCUGUAACGUUCAUCCCUGCUAGGGGGCACUACUGAGCUAACAGAGGAGUUAAAUGCUCCAGAUAUGAUGAUGAUGAUGGGGGUGUUAUGUUUGCAGGGGGGUGAGGGGGAGAGAAGAGGAGAAGGAGUGUGAGGGAGGAGGUGACGACAGAGAAGAGGAUGAUGCUGUUUAGUGAAGCCAUUGUAGACAGUUAGUGAACAGGGCUUUUUACUUUAGACCACGACGGGAGAAUGAGAGACUCGGGUCUGAGUCCUGCAGAAAAAACUAAAACCAUCUGAACCAGAAUCCACUUCAGUGAUUUUCUCUUUGACGCAAACUUUUCAUUUUGACUCACAGGGACAGAAACGAGGCUCAAUCCGGGUUUUUCCUGGGAAUUCUCAUCAAACUCAAAACAAAUACACUGAUAGUUUCUUUAUUAAAGGAGACACAUGAGGCUUUUACAGUUUUUCUUUCCUGAAGUGUGUUGUAACGCUUUUUUGUGAAUCUAAAAGUUCUGCAAAGUUAAAAAAAAAGGCCCAAAGAUUAGAGCAUGUAAACCUUUUAACUCUAAUUAAAAUCCACCUGAAUAUGAGCAGAAUAUGUCUCUUUUAGCUCCUUAGCAACUGGAUCAGCUUAUUGGUUUUCAUAUUUAGUUUUGAAACUCAUGUACGACGAGAGGUUCCAGAAAAAACAAAAGACAAAUGAAACCAAACCGAACUGAACAUUGGAUUCUUGUAUUUUUUUUCUGCAGGACCUAGACGCUGGUGUCUCCUCAGUCUUAUGGAUGUACUGUAUAUCUACUAUCUAACCAACACUUAUAAAUGACACUUGUACGUAAUUUACGAAAAACUCUUUCCCUAAUAAACGGACACAUUUAAAUGGAGAUGUUUUAUACUGUUGAACUUAGUCUUUAUAUCCUGUCCUGCUGUUUCUCCGUGGCUUCAGCUGAUGUAGCAUUAAACCUGCGAUAGCUCUGCGUCCGUCAGAAGAUCUUACGUUAGCAUGUGUGGAAUAAAAAAACAGAUUAUUUUUGGUUAAUCGGCUGUAGAUGUUGUAAAACAGAGACGUGACUGUAUCUAACACCAACAGACCAUAAUGUAUCUGUGGGACAGAUUAAUACAGACGACUGUUACCGGGGCCUUGGUUCAAAACACACAUUACGUUCAUGGAUUGUUGUUUUUGUUUUUUUUUACUCGCGUUCGUCAUCACGAUCUGUUGAAUCUGUUUUUAUCAUGAAAACUCAUCAGAUUAUAUCGUAGUUUGUUUCUGUCGUAGAUUCAUCAGGAGAAUUCUCUGUAGAUGUUUUCUUUCAUUUUCUCACUUCUCCUCUUUCUUUUGUUUCUUUGCUUCUGUAUCAUGUGACUAUUUUGUAAGAAACCACCUUUACAAUAAAAAUGAUGUAAAUGUGAA